AUAAAGGUAAUAAUUUGAUCAAUUGUAUUGUGUUUCAGAGAUGCACCAGGGAAUUCAUCCACAAUUCAGCCUGGACAGAUAUUAAUAUCUGAUGCUGAGGAUCUGGAUCCACCUGAAACAAAGCCAGUCAAGACUACUUGCUACAGUAAAUGCACAGACCUGUAUGCACCAUGUGUUGAAGAAGAGGACGAAGAGCUGGUUGCAGUCAAUUUGAAGAGUUCACAACACACAGCAAUGGAGGAGAUGAACAUUACACUACCUGACAUUAAUGCCAACCUGUCACAUCCCAUUGAUCAUGAAAGAGUCAGCAGGUUCAACAUCUCAAAGGCUAAUGUUUAGGAUGGAGCAGUCAGAGGUUUCAAGCAUACAACAUACUCUGAAACCUGUGACAUGCUGGUAAAAUUCACAGGUGUUAGGGAGGAUGAGUACUACCUGUCAGGGAAGAUGAUUGCCAUGUCAAUUGUGCAUGGAGGUCCAGGACCCCAUUUCUUGUCAGAAUUAUCUUGCGGGCCUGCCUUCAUUCAGAGCAACAGUUAAUUCAAUAACUGAUGAAGAAAUAGGGAAAGCUUUGCAAGAGAUUGAGAAUGCUGCUUCAGUGGAUGCUCUGCGAGAAUGUACCAUGAGACACAGCACAAUGCUACAGACAGCAGGUUGUCUGAGACAUGUGGCUACUGUUGAAGAAAAGAAAGAAAUCAUGUCAGACUACCUCCAAUGGUAUAUUAUUGACCGCAACUUAUCUGUAAUUGACAGUUCCUAUUUUCAGGCCCCCUCGUUGCCAUUUUCCAUCCAUACACCAGAUAGCUGCGGACUAUCAUUCCUUUCCCCAUCACCUGACUGCCCCACCCAUCCACCCACCAGUUCCCAUUUCCCUCAUCUGAUCUGUAAUUAGCUAACAUUCCCCGCCCACUCAUUUAUCUGUCUGGACUUAUUGUCAUGUCUGGAGGCGUGUCAUGGGAGGACUUAGAGUAUUUGAGAAGAUAUAAGUAAUGUCCCAGAUAUCAGAGAUGAUCAGACUGACAGCUCCAGUUGGAAGACAAGACUCACACAACUCAACUGAUCUAUACAACUUCACCAGGUUGGAGAAAUGGACUCAGAGGAAAUAAAGAUUGCUGCCCUGAGUCGACCUUUCACCCUGGGAAUGCUCUAUGAUGCUCGUACAGAGAAACUGAUCCCAGGUGGGGCAUUAUGGGAUAAAGAAACUCGUGUAACCUCUCAUCAGAGCAGUACAUUUGAAAUUUCUGCAUCUGACUCCAUUGAAUCCAAGUCCUCUCUGCUGGAUAUUGAUGCUUCUCUGAAAGCCAGUUUCCUGGGUGGACUGAUUGAAGUUGAAGGAUCUGCCAAAUAUCUAAAUGAUACAAAGAAAUACAAGAAUCAGAGCAGAGUGACACUUCAGUACAACGCUACCACCACCUUCAAACAGUUGAUUUUGACUCACCCUCAACCCAAGGACCGCCAAAAGAUAGAUUUCAUUAAGAAGUGCGGGGCAACACAUGUAGUCACAGGCAUCCUUUAUGGGGCAAAAGCUUUCUUUGUGUUUGACAGUCAGAAGUUAGAAGCCAGCAGCGUUCAGAACAUCCAGGCAGGCAUGGAAGCUGUGAUAAAGAAAAUCCCCUCAUUCGAUGUUCGGGGAAAAGUUGACAUCAAGCUGACUAAUGAAGAAAAAGCCCUGAUCAACAAAUUCUCCUGCAAAUUCUACGGAGACUUCAUUCUUGACAGCAACCCUGCAACAUUUGAAGAAGCAGUGAAGACCUAUGCAGAACUUCCCAAGCUACUGAAACAGAAAGGGAAGGCUGUUCCUCUGAAGGUCUGGCUGAUGCCAUUGAAGAAUUUGUAUCCUGAAGCUGAUGAGCUUAAGAGAGGGAUCAGUGUUGGACUAGUGAGGAAGGCACAGGAUGCUCUUGAAGAUUUCAGGGAAAUACGAAAGAGAUGCAACGAAUAUCUGGAUGACAGAGUGGUAGAGAAUCUCCCACAGAUUAAAGGAGGGUUAGACAGAUUCCGAAACUUGUGUGAAGACUAUGAAUCUAACCUGAAGAAGACCAUGAGGAACAAAUUUUCCCUCAUCCGUAAAGGUAAAGAAGGCGAGAGUUCAGCAAAACAACUCUUUGAAGACAGAUACAAGUCACCAUUCAGUAAAGAAAAACUAAACAGCUGGCUGGAUCAUAAGGAGAAAGAGAUCAACAUCAUCAGGUCCUGUGUAGAAUCGAUGCAGGGAACAAAGAUCGUUCCAAAUCAGUUGAAGCUGGACAGAGAGGUUCGUGCUCCAGGUGUAGAGGAUGCUCUGUGCUUUGUUUUCACCUCCCUGGAGAGCGCUGACCCCAGGCUCACGGCGAUGGCUGGCUACCUAAAAUCACCUAAAUUAGGAAGCAAUGAAGACCACUGGUGCUACUCAGAUGAGGUUUUCACCAAAAUGAGGAAAAAAGCCAAAGAUUUCCAUGAUCUUGCCAGAGCACUGAAGAACAGCAGCCGGUUCUGUUUCCUUGUGGCAGCCGAUGAAAAUAAGAAAUACACAGGAGCAACCAUCUACCAUUAUAGGGACGGCAUUCUGAAAAGUAAAGAUUUUUUGAAGCCCAAUCUUCCUCCUGUGCAGACUAUCAAAGACAAAAGAGAUUUGAUCUGGUAUGCUUGUGAUGUCACCCUGGACCCAAACACUGCCAACAACUACCUCACUCUGUCUGAGGGAAACAAAAAGGCAACAUGUGGACCAUGGCAGACAUACCCUGAUCACCCAGAGAGGUUUGAUGAACAUAUUCAGGUGCUGGGCGAAGAGAGGUUAAAGGGGCGCCAUUACUGGGAGGUAGAGUGGAGUCAUUGUCACCAUCAAUAUGUUCAAAUCGGUGUUGCAUACAAGGGAAUUGACAGAAAAGGGACUAGUCUUGGAAAUAAUACCAUGUCUUGGUCUGUUCUCCAAUUUUCGAAUAAUUUCAAACACACACUUGAGCCAUGGCAUAAUGGUAAAUUGGGGGAAAUUUCUUUUCCCUCUGGCUGCAACAGAGUUGGGUUGUUUCUGGACUGGCUUGCUGGCACUCUGUCCUUCUACAAAGUCUGUUUUAGCAAACUGACUCACCUUCACACCUUUAAAGCCAGAUUCAAUGAGCCUGUGUACCCAUGCUUCAAUGCUCACCACAAUGACAAUUAUGUGCACGUGUGUCCAAUUUAAUAAGAGCAAUGACAAAUACUUGUUAGAUCUUGGUCUGUAGGGAUAUGGAUGUUCAUUUCAAGUUUAAAGAGCAACUUAAUACUCCAGUUUAACUUGAACACAUUUCAAAAAUUCAAAAAUGCAUUCAAACCCAGAUGGACCAAGAUCACUGAUUCUAAUGAAGUGACUGUACAUGUAACUUCUAUGUAUUAGUUAAUGAUGAUUAUAAGCACAGCCUUCUUCUCAAAAUGUUCUUCACAGCUUAUCAGCUUACAAUCAGUUUGCAUUGCUUGAUACAUAAAUUAUGUGUUUUUAAUUGUAACUUUCUAUUCUAAUAGCUAAACAUAUGUACUGAUACACAAUUUCUUUCUCAACAGCAGAAUGUUGAAACAGAUACUUACAAUAAUUGUAUAAUAGUGAUUUUGGUUUUGAUGAAUGUGAGAUGUUAUAUUGGGACAUAAGGUAGUUAAAGUCCAAAUAUUUUAGGUUAGCAUGUGUUUAUUUUCUUCUUUGUGCAGGUCAGCUUAAAAAUAUAUCAUAUGUAAUCUUUUCAGAAUGUAAAAGGAAUAAUUUUGUUACAUGUGUGUCUUAAAAAUGACCUGGGGUUCAAUUAAUGGCUUUACUGCUCUGAGGAGGGAAUCACUGUCACCAUUUUGUUAGAUGUUUAGUAAACUGCUGAUGUUUGUAGAGCUGAAGCAAUGUCAGAUUCCUGUUAAACCUGUUGGAAAUGUUGAGCAGAAUAUUCAAUAAAGUAGAGAGCUGAGUUUA